CACAACCCCACGAUCAACACUUCGGCUCAUAUACCAUAUUCCAACUUUAGCCGAAUUAAUUUGAAGAAGAUUUCCGCCUUUUAAAUAUAUUAACAUUUAAUAUUCCCCGGUUCUCACUCAUCCCAAUAAAUUUUAAACACUUUCGAAAAGUUCACCCACAUCAUUGAAAUAAAUAAUUUUAAUUGCAAAUUUAUUUUUUUCUUCCUCUUAGUUGAACUAUUAUAAAACAAAUACAAUCAUAAUGUCUGCCAACGAUAAGUAUUCCACACCAUUAUCUUCCAGAUAUGCAUCUGAAGAAAUGUCCAAAAUUUUCUCUUUGAGAAACCGUUUCUCCACGUGGAGAAAGCUUUGGCUUAAUCUUGCAAUUGCUGAAAAGGAAGUUGGUCUUACUAUGAUCACUGAUGAAGCCAUCGAACAAAUGAAGCAACAUUUGGAAAUUUCUGAUGAAGAAAUCGAUGCUGCCAGUGUUGAAGAAGCCAUCGUUAGACACGAUGUCAUGGCUCAUGUUCACGUUUUCGGUAAGGCUUGUCCAGCUGCUGCUGGUAUCAUUCAUUUGGGUGCCACCUCUUGUUUCGUUACCGAUAACGCUGAUUUGAUCUUCUUGAGAGAUGCUUAUGAUGUUUUGAUUCCAAAGUUGGUUAACGUCAUCGAUAAGUUAUCUAAGUUUGCUCUUGAAUACAAAGACUUACCAGUUUUGGGCUGGACCCAUUUCCAACCUGCUCAAUUGACUACCGUUGGUAAGAGAGCUACUUUAUGGAUCCAAGAAUUGUUGUGGGAUUUAAGAAACAUGGUUAGAGCCAGAAACGAUCUUGGUUUAAGAGGUGUUAAGGGUACUACUGGUACUCAAGGUUCUUUCCUUUCUCUUUUCCAUGGUGACCAUGAUAAGGUUGAAGCUCUUGAUGCUAGAGUUGUUGAAUUGUUGGGCUUUGACCACGUCUACCCAGUCACCGGUCAAACUUACUCCAGAAAGAUUGACAUUGAUGUUCUUGCCCCAUUGGCUUCUCUUGGUGCUACUGCUCACAAGUUCGCUACUGACAUUAGAUUGUUGGCUAACUUGAAGGAAGUUGAAGAACCAUUUGAAAAGUCCCAAAUUGGUUCAUCUGCCAUGGCUUACAAGAGAAACCCAAUGAGAUGUGAAAGAGUUUGUUCUUUGGCUAGACACAUGGGUGGUUUAUUCAACGAUGCUCUUCAAACUGCUUCUGUCCAAUGGUUUGAAAGAACCUUGGAUGACUCUGCUAUCAGAAGAAUCUCUUUACCAUCUGCCUUCUUGACUGCUGAUAUUCUUUUGUCUACCAUGCAAAACAUCACCAGUGGAUUGGUUGUUUACCCUAAGGUUAUUGAAAGAAGAAUUAUGUCUGAAUUGCCAUUCAUGGCCACUGAAAACAUCAUCAUGGCUAUGGUUGAAAAGGGUGGUUCUAGACAAGACUGUCACGAAGAAAUCAGAGUUUUGUCUCAUGAAGCUUCCGCUGUUGUCAAGCAAGAAGGUGGUGACAAUGACUUGAUUCAAAGAAUCAAGAACACAAAGUACUUUGAACCAAUUUGGGAUGAAUUGGACAGUUUGUUGGACCCAUCUACUUUUGUUGGUAGAGCUCCACAACAAACUGAAAAGUUCAUUAACAACGAUGUUAAGAAGGCUUUGGAACCACAUCAACAUCUUGUCAGUGACGCCACUGUUUCAUUGAACGUUUAAACAAUAAAAAGAAUUAUAUAUAGUUGUGUAUGUUAAAAAUAUAAGAAAGAUUUAAAU